AACUCAGGCUGAGUGCCCAGAGCCGAGGAGGAGGUGGCUGCAGGACGGCACAGACCUGAGAAGUCUGUGGCUGAGCUGGGAGCCCGUUCCCCACCCCCUACCUGGGGGACUCGGCAGGUGCAGUGGCCAUGGCUCCAGCAGGACACCCCUGGAUGUGGAUGGCCGGUGCCCUGAUCACAGCCCUGGUGAUGGGAGUGACAGAACCUGUUCUUGCAAAUGAUGCUACCUCCUGCGACAACCCCUCUGACACCGGACCCUCUGGAAGCACUCGCGACAUUGGAGGUGGGGCCAAGGAGGACACCAGGGCAGACGAAGGCAGCAGCAGCCGCAUCGUGAAUGGGUCCGACUGCGAGAUGCACGCCCAGCCGUGGCAGGGUGCGCUGUUGCUGCAGCCCAACCAGCUCUACUGUGGGGCCGUGCUGGUGAAUCCGCAGUGGCUGCUCACAGCAGCCCACUGCCGGAAGCCAUUUUACAGAAUUCGCCUUGGCCACCAUUCCCUGUCACCCGUUUAUGAAACUGGGCAGCAGUUGUUCAAAGGGAUCAAAUCCAUCCCCCAUCCUGGCUAUUCCCAUCCCGGCCACUCCAAUGACCUCAUGCUCAUCAAACUGAACAGAAAAAUUCGUGAGACUCAGGCUGUUAAACCCAUCAACAUCUCCCCUCACUGUCCCACUGCUGGGACCAGCUGCUUGGUUUCUGGCUGGGGAACAACCAGCAGCCCCCACGUUAAAUUCCCCAAGGUCCUCCAGUGCUUGAACAUCACUGUGCUAAGUGCCGACAGGUGCAGGAAGGCCUAUCCAGGACAGAUAGAUUCCACUAUGUUCUGCGCUGGCGAUGAGGCGGGAAGAGACUCCUGCCAGGGUGAUUCCGGGGGACCUGUGGUCUGCAAUGGCUCCCUACAGGGCCUCGUGUCCUGGGGAGACUUUCCCUGUGCCCAACCAAACAGACCCGGUGUCUACACCAACCUCUGCCAAUUCACUAAGUGGAUCAAGGACACCAUUCAGUCGAACUCAUGAGGCAUCCCAGGACCCAGCAUUCUGGUGUGCCCCACCCACUGCCGUCAUCACUCCUGCAGGGACCAUGACACUCCCUCCAUACCCGUUCCUUCUUGAGGAUGUUGGGGUUGUUAAUCUCUCCAACCCCUCCCCAAGUCUCCUGGAAUCAGGUCCCCCUUCCCUAGCCCUGGGCUGACCCUGUCUUUCCAGUCAGGUCCUAGAGAGAAUUUCCCAGAAAGACCAAGGUGAGGGCUGCACCUCAGUCUCCCCCAUGCUUCCUUCCUCAGGCCCAGGGGCUAUCCUUGUUCAGCAGCUAUGACCCAAAUUUGGUCCCAGAAAUAAAGCAUCUGAGGAGAAGUGA